UACUCUGACUAGUCUAAUAAUAUAUUAAUCUGUGGUCUAUCCUAUAAAAUUAUUUAUUUACAGUCAACGUGCAGUCAACCAGUGUAGCGGCGGUGUGCGUGUGCACCUUUACUCAGAAUUUAAAAUUAAAUGUGAGAGUGGACGGUGGUGAUGUGAUCAUUGAUAUCUAAAGGCACAUCAUUGGCAAACCUUGAGGUGCUUAAAUAAUAUAGGAUCGGUAACAAUGAGAUAAACUUUUUACCCGCUCGUAGAGCUUCAAGUGGUAGUGUACAUAGAUAAUAUAUUUUUACAUCUAAUUUUACGGAAAUUGGAGCCAUUACGUUCAUGACUAACAACAACGAACAAAAUGGCCGCCAGCCUCCUUUACCGCCACAGACACAGACCUCAAACCGACAAACUUCAGAUCAACAAAGUCAGUUUAGAAAAUGUCGUGACUUUGUUUGGGGCAUAUGCACUAAAGGUGCACAGUGUAAAUUUCGACAUGAGUUAGAUGUAGAAUAUAUGAAAGAGAUUCUGAGGUUUUGUCACGAUUACCAAAACAAAACAGGCUGUAAUAGACCAGAUUGCACAUAUUUGCAUGCGAGUAGAGAAGAAGAAAACCUCUUUCUAACCACAGGCCAAAUACCUAGAGCCCUGGCGGAAAGAUAUGCAGCGAUGUCCAACGCACCGAUGAGCAUGUAUGUGAACGAGUAUUUAGCUCAACCACCACCGCCACCACCACCGCCUCCACCGCCGCCGCCGCCGCUCCCUAGUUCAGCGUUGCCACCUCUUCCAGCAUCUACAUUAUUGGCACCGCCACCGCCUCCACCACCUCCGCCGCCGCCAACGACAGCUGUUACACCUGUUCAGACGACACCACCCCUAUUUUCAGCUCCACCUUCCUUUACCAGUCCUGCAAUGUUCACUGCCACUCAGCCACCACCACCACUGCCACAUAUUUUCGACGCCAGUAGACCUCCUCCGCCAUUGCCAACUAAUGCAACUCCUAAUAAAAUUGGCGCCAUCAAACGAUCUGCCGAGCUUUCUGAUGAGGCCGGACCAAGCAAAACCAAGAAAGCGGACUGCGUCAAAGUUGACGGCCACUGCGAAAACUGUAUCCAGCGGGAACUCAGGGCUGAGCUGUACCGCCAGGAGUUGCAGAAGCUGGAAUGUGAACAUGAAUAUCAAUCAUACAUAUUCGAGAAGAAGUCUGCAGAAUAUGCCAAUGGCCGGUUGUUGCUGAAGUCUGCCGUGAGCUCAGAUUGGUUUCGUAUCCUGGACGAAUAUAUAGAGGAGUCUUCUGAACCGGCGCAAGCGCAAACACACGAUCUACUAAGCCAGUUCAACCAAGCGUCUUCAUUUACAACGUAAAGUUAGAAGUCCGGAUUAAAUAAUAGGGUACUUUUUAUCCCGGAAAAAAUGAUAUUCCCGAGGAAAAACAAAAGUAUUCGUAUAGAUGGCGGACAAUGGCGGUGUGUGCAUUGGUAUAUGUCACGUAGGCUACUUUUUAUCCUUUUGUGACGCGAGCGAAGCCGCGGGUAAAAGCUAGUAAAGUAAUAAAAGAAGUGGACGGCUUGUGCACUUUUUUUUAUCAUGCAAGGAAUUACAAUGAAACUAACA